AUGUCUCCCUCUCGCGUGAUGCUCAUCGCCGGCGCACCCGAUCCGGGCGAAAUCCCCGCCUCCGACGCCGUCCAUGAAAACAAAUGGUACAACCAAGACUUUGAUGGCUACCGCAUCACCGAAGAGGUGCUCCACACCAAGCGCCACCUGCGCAUUGUGUGUGUCGGUGCCGGUGCUGCGGGUCUGCAGUUGGCGUACAAGGCCGAGCGCGCCCUGUCUAACAUCGACCUGCAAAUCUACGAGAAGAACGACGACAUCGGCGGCACGUGGCUGGAGAACCGCUACCCGGGCUGCACGUGCGACAUCCCGAGCCACUCGUACCAAUUUACGUGGGCGCGCAACCCGCGCUGGUCAGCAUACUAUUCGUCGUCGGAAGAAAUCUGGCAGUAUUUCAAGGACGUGGCGACCAAGUACGACCUGGAGCGGUACGUGCAGCUGCGGACCAAGGUGGAGCGCGCCGUGUGGGACGAGGAGACGGGCCACUGGAACUUGGCCAUGACCGGCCCCGACGGCCAUGCGUUCGAGGACUGGUGCGACAUUCUGGUGUCGGCCUCGGGCGUGCUCAACUCGUGGAAGUACCCCGACAUCCCCGGCCUCGACACGUUUGGCGGCAAGCUCAUGCACUCGGCGCACUGGGACAAUGACUACGACCUCAAGGGCAAGACCAUUGCCGUCAUUGGCGGCGGCUCCUCGGCCGUGCAGAUCAUUCCCAGCAUCCAGCCCGACGCCACCAAGCUCGUGGCCUUUCUGCGCUCGCCCGUCUGGGUCACCACGGGCUUCGGCGCCAAGUAUGCCGGCCCGGGCGGCACCAACUUCAAGUACACCGACGAGCAGAUCCGCCAGUUCCAGGACGACCCCGCGGCACAUGCCAAGUACUGCCGCGAGAUCGAGGGCGAGCUCAACAAGCGCUUCAACCUCAUGCACCGCAACUCGGUCGACCAGAAGAACUCGCGCGAGCUGAUUGCCAAGAUCAUGCGCGAGCGCCUCGACAACGACGCCCUGGCCGCCAAGAUGGUGCCCGGGUUUGCCCUCGGCUGUCGGCGCAUGACGCCCGGUUCGAACUACCUGGAGGCGCUCUCCAAAGACAACGUGCAGGUGGUCCACGACAGCGUCGUGCGGCUCACAGAGACGGGCGUCGUGGAUGCCUCAGGCGUGGAGCACCCCGUGGAUGUCGUCGUGUGUGCCACUGGCUUCGACACCUCGUUUACGCCGCACUUUACGAUUACGGGCCGCAAGAAUGCCGACCUCCGCGAGCAGUUUGGCGACUUUCCCAAGGGCUACCUCGGCAUCACCGCCGAGAACUUUCCCAAUCUAUUCCUCCUCCUCGGCCCCAACAGUCCGUCCUCGCACAGCUCCAUCCUCCCCAUCAUGGACUGGUACACGCGCUACAUCUUCCAGAUGAUCGACAAGGUCCAGACCGAAAACAUCAAGGCCUUUGAGCCCAAGGCGCAGGCCGUCAAGGACUUGUACAACCACACCCACGAGCUCAUGAAGCGGCUGGUCUGGUCUUCGGCCUGCCGCUCCUGGUUUAAAAUGGGCAAGACCCACGGCCCCGUCACCGCCAUCUACCCGGGCUCGCGUCUCCACUUUUUCGAGAUGCUCAAGACCGUCCGCUGGGAGGACUACGAGAUCGACUACCGCUCCGGCAACCGCUUCCAGUUCAUGGGCAACGGCUACACCAACUGCGAGGCUGACCCAGAGGGCGAUCCGGUCUGGUACUUUGACGAUCCGUUUGUGCAGCUGUAG